AUGACGUCUCCUGAGGUCAAACGAGCUUUGGUGACGCUACUUCGAGAUCCCAAGAACAAUUAUUGCGCAGACUGUAAGACCGCGAAUCAUCCGCGUUGGGCGUCGUGGUCGCUCGGGGUGUUCAUAUGCAUUCGGUGUGCGGGAAUUCACAGAUCCCUGGGCACACAUAUAUCGAAGGUGAAGUCUGUGGACCUGGAUACAUGGCAAGAAGAACAUCUUAGAAAAGUCAUCGAGUUUGGCAAUAACGAAUGCGCAAACGCCGUCUACGAGGGCAAGCUCAGCGGCUGCAAAGUCCCAGACGCAUCGCAGCUGGGCACUUUCAUCAGGAACAAGUACGAACAUCGUCGGUGGGAAGCACCCGCAAGCGAGGCCCGUCAAUCGCGUUCUGAGCCAGAUAUCCUGGAAAAAUCGGCACCCAUCAGCCAGGCUCCCAGACAGACUACCACCCAGUCUGUCAGGCGGGCGAAUGUCAACAACCUAUCGGCCGCGCGUGUUUCUGCUUCUUCGUCGCAGCUAGAGCUCAAUUUAGCUAGCCCUCAACCUAGCACCAGAAGUAUUUCUCGAUCGGAUGCCGCGUCAGAUACAAAGGCAAACGCGAGCGGACGUCCGGAUCUCAAGAAGUCAAUUCUAUCGCUAUACUCUCGCCCUCGCAGUGGCGUCAGCGAUCCAGGCUUCAAUUCUACUUCCCCCAAGCUGCCAGCGCAAACAACGUCCCAGGUGCCAGCUUCGCUGUCAAAUUACACACCCUCAGCAGUUAAUUCCUCGGUGUCUUCUUUGGACGAUAAUGAACUAUUCAAAAACGUUUGGUCUUAA